CAAAAGCCUCAAAACAUUCAACCUGUUAAGAUAUGUUAGUGCCGGCAUGAACGUUUUAUAUUGGCGUGCUCUGAACUUCGGUCCUUUCGGGGUGUUUUCUGACUACAGAGUGCAAGCUUCAGAAGAGUUGUUAAAGCCCCUUACAGAGUUGCACCAGGACUGGGGGCCGAGCAGGAGGAAACGUUUUGGGGACCAGAAGUUAGAGGACAAUGCGGGUCCACGUGCACACCAAGUUCUGUUUCCUGUGUGUGCUCACCUUCCUCUUCCAUCAGUGCAACCACUGCCAUGGAGACGGACACAGCCAUCAGCAUGGUGGUCAUCACCACGGGGACCACAACCACGCCCACAGUGACCUGCAGAUUUCGGAGGCUCCAUAUGUUAGAGCGGCGACUGUGUCCCCGGUGUCCAGUAGUCCUGAAGGGGACACCCUAGAGGAGGAGCAGCGCUUUUACAUCCAGCAGUUGUUCAGGCGCUAUGGCCAGAAGGACCGCUUAGAUUUCCAGGGAUUUCAGAGUCUGCUGUUUAGCUUGGGUUUGGGAGAAGUAAAGAUGGUGGGUGUGGAUCAUGAGAAUCUGGGCCAUGACCAUGUAGCCCACCUUGACGUGCUGGAUUUGCAGAAGGGGCUACAUACACAUUCAUCCACUAAAGAAGACCCCAACCAGGGCCACCGGCACGGCCAUGGUCAUUCACACCACAAGCCAGGCUCCCACCAUCCACACACAAAAGUUCCCACAAAGUGCAGCCAGACUACUACUGCCAGUCCAGCUGCUGGUGCAUCCAGAAAACAUGAUCACAACCAUGACCACGAUCAUGAUCACGACCAUGACCAUGGACAUAAUCAUGACCACACUAAAGUGGAGGAUAGCGACCAUCAUAAACAUUCUGAUGGACAUGUGCAGGAUACACAUGUUCAUGACCACAGUGAUCACAGCAGUGGUGAUCAUGAACAUCACCACAAUCAUAUUCAUGAGGUGCACACAGGGACGGACAUCACUCCUGCCAACCAGGGGGAGCAACCCUCUGCUCAUCUGGAGCCGUCCCAAGCACCUCGGGAGCUGCAGUCCUCUCCUGCCCCAACACAGAGCCGACCCAAGAAGCCCAGGAAGCCUGCAAGGGUCAAAGGACAGCGAGGUCGAAACAAACCUUCUCCUUCUCUCACACCUUCAUCUGAUGGCCACGAGCAUGAACAUGAUCACGAACACGGACAUGAACAUGAACAUGAACACAAUCAUGAUUCUGAUCACAAACAUGAUCAUGGCCAUUUUCAUAAAGACAAGAGAGAAGCACCAGUAGAACAUGCCGCACCCACUUUGCCGGCCUCUGUACUGUCUGGACAUCCAAGGGGAUUGUCACAUCAGCAUGAGGAGUGUUUGAACCUCACUGAGCUCCUCACCUACUAUGGCCUGAAUCCUGAGUCCCUCAUCUCCCCGAGCCAGUUCACCUAUCUGUGUCCUGCCUUGCUCUACCAGAUAGAUAGUCGCGUCUGCAUCCGCCAUUACCAUCAGAUGGAGGUGGAGCAGGAAGCCUUGGAGCCUGUCAGCUCUGUGUGGGUCUGGAUCUGGGGCUUUGUGUCCAUCACCAUCAUCAGCCUGCUGUCUCUGCUGGGCGUCGUACUGGUGCCAAUCCUCAACCAAUCCUGCUUUAAGUUCCUGCUCACCUUCCUGGUUGCGCUGGCAGUGGGCACGCUCAGUGGUGAUGCUCUCCUUCACCUACUGCCACAUUCACAAGGGCAGCACGACCACAGCGAACAUGGGACGAGCCACAGCACAGAUCUGCUAACAGAAUUUGAUGGUGUGUGGAAGGGGCUGACAGCGUUGGCUGGCAUCUACCUCCUCUUCAUCAUCGAACACUGCAUCGGCAUGUUUAAGCACUACAAAGACCAAGGGGGCAUGAAGAAGGUGAGUGAGGAGGGCAAGAUCGGCAGGAAGCUGUCAGAUCACAAGUUAAAUCGGCGCUCGGAUGCAGAGUGGCUGCACCUGAAGCCACUCAAUGAAGAUCCUGACAGCACAGCCAUCUCCUGCGACAAUGGUCACAAUGACACACAGCUCACAGAGCUCCAGACACCAGACUCUCCCACUACCAAAACACCGCUGGCACCCACAAACCCCCAACAAGACCAGCAGUCACCCACCAAGGAGAAUGGUCGCAAAGCUAAGCAGCACAGUCAUAGACACAGACACUCGCAUGGACACGGUCACUCUCAUGGAGGAAACUGCCACUCAGACCAGGAGAUGAAGGAUGCCGGCAUAGCCAGCAUUGCCUGGAUGGUCAUCAUGGGAGACGGCAUGCAUAACUUCAGUGACGGCCUCGCCAUAGGCGCAGCAUUCAGUGCAAACAUGACAGGUGGCAUCAGUACAUCAGUGGCUGUUUUCUGCCACGAAUUACCUCAUGAACUUGGUGACUUUGCGGUGCUGCUGAAAGCCGGGAUGUCAGUGAAGCAGGCCAUUGUCUACAAUCUGCUGUCCGCCCUCAUGGCCUACGUUGGCAUGGUGAUUGGCACAGCUGUGGGCCAGUACACGCACAAUGUCACCAGCUGGAUCUUCGCCAUCACAGCUGGCAUGUUCCUUUAUGUGGCUCUGGUGGAUAUGCUUCCAGAAAUGCUUCAUGGGGACAGCGAGGACCACAAGCGCUGCCAGCUGGGACACUUUAUCCUGCAGAACCUGGGCAUGCUGACCGGGUUCGGCAUCAUGCUGCUCAUCGCCAUCUUUGAAGACCGCAUUGUUUUCGAUUUUGGCUUUUAGUCGAGGAGGAGAGAGGAAGCGAAGGAGGGGAGAGCUGGAUGUAUCAGUGUUGUUCUUCUUGGCCUUAACAUGCUUUGUUUGCAAUGUAACGGCCCAGUCUUGCAUGCAAUGUGAGUCUCGUUCAUGGCCCGUGCCUCCAUUCCAAACAUGCAGCGGUAGCUUAUGCAUAUCCCAUGACUCUGCUAGUGAUGUUUACACUCUGCUCCUCCAUCGCCUCUCCUCUGUCAGCUCCAGUCUGUCUGCUCUGAAACUCCACCUUAAGAAAGAGCUGUAGAUAGUGAGGUGGUUCGGGGUGUGUGUUCCUGCAGAGAGGCAGCUAUCGCGGCCCAGCAGCUCGCCGCCUAUCCAUCAUCACCUGUUGUUAAUGUGCUGUCGUCGUCCUCCCCCUUCCUCGCCUCUCAUCCACUCUGUGUUGUGUCUCCUCAUCCAUACCGCAUACGUCUGUGGUGUGUGUUCCACCUGCCAUCCAUCACCACCCUUUGAUGUCAUCAGGCUGUGUAUCAAAGGCCUCUGUGCCAAGCCCCUGCCACUGGAGCAGCUCCGUAGGUACACUGCACACCGUCACAGUGUCCUUAAAGAGAUGUUAGCUGCUACAUCUGGAAUAAACCCUUUAACUUGUGUUGCUUCACCUGCAGAAUUUUGACGGCGUCUAAGCUGCAGUGUCAAAAUAGAAAAGUGUUCCCCUGACUGUAUGUAGUAAAUUUCCUGAAUGGCUAAUUUUUUUUUAGUUUUCUUCAGUUAUUCCUCCGAAGUUAUGUUUUAUCGUCUAAUUACAGUUUUUGGUACCUUCAUAGUGCAUAGUGAUAACUGCUGUUGACAAAGCUGCCAAAGUCUUUACAAAUUAGCAUUUACAGUAAUCAGUGUUUUGUUUUUGUUGGUUUAGUAACUAAAAGUAACAAAUGUCCGACCAAUUUCUUAGUGUUUUGUAAGGGUUUGACAAUCUGUAGCCAAAUGACACAUAUUGUUGUUAGAACUUUUUUUUUACUUUUCUUUGUGAACUUCAAAAUGUGAACUAGUUAUACUUGUCAUCAAAAGUGUUGUAGUUCACUAGAUUUCCAUAGGGUGCCUCUUGGAGUUCCUAAAAGGUGCAUUGUCCAGCUGGACCACCUUGCAAUGGACAUUUAAUUACAGUAGGACGUUCAGUUGUCACAGUUAUCAGUGCAGAUUUCUUUUUUUAAUAUGAUGUCUGUUUAGUGUCAGUAGUUAUAGAAAUAACACAUUUUUUACCUGCUAAUUGUUUUUAGCGUACUUUUGUCAAAGAAUGAAUCAACUUCUUGACAAUCGGAGACAGACUAAGCAAAAUCAGUACACUUAAUAGCCCAGCAGAACUAUAAACUGUCUGCUUUCUAAAGCUCCCUGUACUUGUAUUGGAUAAUUAUCAAACCACUGGACAAAGAUUAUUUAUUGUGAAUAUGUUUUACAGGCAUUCCUGCGUCUUUCUGGGGGUGUAUAUUAUAGUCACUCUGUUGACUGUGGUUUUUCAGUGGCUGGUGCUUGACACCACCCCUCCUCCUCCCCCUUGCCCCCCACCCCAACAUUCCAUUGGCUGUUUUGCGGCACACAUGCUAAGCUACCUUACCUAGCUUCAGCUGCUAAAGCACACCGAAUAAAGUGUGCCUUCAUUUAUCCAGUCACUGUGUGACAUCCAUCGUCUGUGUCUUAACUGCCUGUGAACCAUCGUCAGUCAACUCAUGUCAUUGAUCUGACUGAAUCAUGCAUGAAGCAUGAGUAAAACGGUACAGACAUCGUGUUGAGUGUAAAAAAAUUUUUUUCAUUCUUUGUACUGUAAAGUUAAACUAUUGAUGACCUUUGUUACUUUUUAAAUUAACUGUGUGAAGAUCGUGGGAAGUUCUUUGGGGUGUAGUGUGACUGGUUCGAGCCUUUAAGACAAAUUAUGCUGAUGUGAGAGAGCACAACUCGUCAUCUGUAUGCUGUAUCUUUUUGCAGGCAUUUUAAUUAUUCCAUCUUAGAUUCAUUUUUAAUGCUAGCACACCGGGACCUGAAUGUAUUUUUACAUCAAGUGAAGCUCAUCAUUUGUCCUCCUUAAAAUCUGAACACACAUUUAUUCAGUUGAUUCCUACAAUAUUAGUACUGAAUGUUUAAAAGACUUUUUUUGGAAAUAUGUCUCUCCUGCAUUACUCGUAUAAUUUAAAUCUAAACUGCCCCGUUGAGUGUUCAGUAAGAGUUAAUGACACUUUUGACACUAUGCCCCAAAGACAAACUUUCCUCACUGUUUAUUGGGCAAAAACAGCCCAUGAUCAUUUUUACUUUGUCAUUUGUGUAUUUGUUUAGUAAUCUGGAUAUAAAAUGCAAAAUGUGACAUCCUUGCUGUUUGCCUGUCUGUGCAUUCUCCCCAUUAUGGAAGGAAAAUAAACUCUGAAAAGAUCCUGGA